CCAUUGCUGGGGCUUCCCCGGUGUUUGGCCUUUCCUUUAUCCAUCUUCCCCCCUCCUUCCUUCACUUAACUCCAUCUGUACCCAAUUCGAUAACCUACUUAGCCCACCGCCCUAGCGGAACCUUUGUGAGGCGGGAACCAAUGUGCUAUAUUAUACUGGAGGACGGAGGAGUGUUUUGGUGAUGGACCGCCAAGUAUAAGUGAAAGGUUGCUCGCGACAGUUCCGGCAGGAGAACGCGCCAGUGAGAUCCUUGUCGUCGUCCGCUGAGAUGCAGCGACAGAAUUUUCGACCCCCGACUCCUCCUUACCCCGGCCCGGGUGUAGGAGGUUGGGGUAACGGGAGCAGCUUCCGGGGUACCCCGAGCGGAGGCGGACCGCGGCCGCCAUCCCCGCGGGACGGGUACGGGAGUCCACACCACACGCCGCCGUACGGGCCCCGAUCUAGGCCCUACGGGAGCGGCCUCUCUCCGCGACACGGCGGCAGCUUCCCUGGGGGCCGGUUCGGGUCUCCGUCCCCUGGCGGCUACCCUGGCAACUACUCCAAGUCCCCCGCGGGGUCCCAGCAGCAAUUCGGCUACUCCCCAGGGCAGCAGCAGACCCACCCCCAGGGUUCUCCAAGGACAUCUACACCAUUUGGAUCAGGGCGUGGUAGAGAAAAGAGAAUGUCUAAUGAGUUGGAGAGUUAUUUCAAGCCUUCAAUGCUUGAAGACCCUUGGGCUGGCCUAGAACCAGUAUCUGUAGUGGAUAUAAGCCAACAAUACAGCAAUACGCAAACAUUCACAGGCAAAAAAGGAAGAUACUUUUGUUAACAUUUCUGAAAUUCAACUGGACGCUUCAUGUGUCAGGAACAUCUUGGACAAAACUUUUACUUGUAAUUAAAUUGAAACCUAACAUGGUGACUUUGAUUGGGUAAUUAGUUGUGUGUUUCAUCAUAUCAAGUAUUUUUGGUAUUACAGAAGACAUGGUAGGAUAAUUUGCAAUAUUUAGAUCUCUGGAAGUGCCUACCACAAUUUAGAAGAUUGACAUUUUCCAAAUGCUUAACAUUCUUGGUUAUAUAAUGGACAUUUGCCUUUUAAUGUUUUUUUCCAAUGUUUUAAAAUAAAGCAGUUUGUCUUUCUAGCUAUAUUGUGCUUUUGUCGUAUGCUAAAAAAGAAUUAUUAAAAUAAUGAUUUGUAAUCACAUAGUUAGAAUUCAUAAGUAUAUAUUUUGGAUACUGCUUUUGAAAAUAGAUAGACCAUACUUUGUGCUGUAGACAGGUCUAUAUAUUUGU